AUGUUACCCGAUAAUCUUGCCAGCUCAUAUUUGAGCUACAAGGAAGAUACUUCGUUAUUUACCACUUGGCUGUCCAAGGCAGCACUAGCUUGUGGCUAUAAGAUACCGACGAAAGAAGAAAGAUGUGCUCGAACAGGCCCAGGCCAUCGCGGUUCCUCACACAACGCGGAUAUUAAAUCUAAGACUUCCAGCAGAACAAGUGACACGGAACCCUCUUGGACGCAAAUCACCAACCGUUUCCUGAAGCUUAGUACAGAUGAUGUUUUGGACGCCGCCGAUGACAAGGAUGAUGGCCCUGAGUUCACAGUCGACAUGUCAACCACUUACGAAUUGGAAGAUGAAUCUAUCGAGAUGAAGAUGAGCCUUAUGAUCUUCUAUUUCUUUGAAGACCUUCAUCGUAUCCAAGAAUUUUUGCAUGGCGUAUGGAAGAAAUAUAAGAGUGGAAAAUUAGAUCUUGUUAGUGCUAGUCUUAUUACUAAUUCGGCAUUCGAAAUUGUUCAUCGCAACGAGGAGGAAAUUCUGGCCACCGCACCAAAACUUUUCUCAAAGAAACGUUCUUAUGACACGAUUGCUACCGUCAUCUUCUAUGCCAACGCGUUCAGUCGUGGCCAAGACCCGAAACAGACCAUGGAAACCAACGAAAUGCUGCGACCAACACCUUUUGAUGACUUUAUUUAUCUUUCGACUUCUCGUACUCUGAUGAAAUACGAAUUUCUGAGCCAAACGGCGCCAAACUUUCCAUCGUUUCCUCUCCCUUCAUUUCCACUUCGUGGUGCCUAUAUUUCGUGCCCAGAAGUACUCGGAACACCUUACAUGAAUAAGAAGGAGGAAGAAGAUGCUUUACUAUCACAACUCAUGAUGGAUCUUGAUUUGUUCGAUUUGUUUAACAAAACAAUGAAAAAUAAUGGACUUGGCCACUAUGCCCCUCCUGCCGAAGAUGCAUUAAGUGCUGGCUUACGCCAGUUGAAAAUGGAAGGAGUUAUCAGCGUUAGUCUCGUUUUCGCCUCCAGAAUAUUCCUCGAUCUCCACGACAUACUUGGGAAUAAGAUCGUCACAGGGCGGCGGGAAUUGAAAGCUACGGGCAAUAGAAUUGAAAAGUUUUUAGAACCUACGGGUGUCCAAUCACAUCCAGGAGAAGGGGAGUCUUACUUGUGGCUACCUAAAGACACCACUCUCCUCAAGCAAAUUAUAGAUAUCAAUUACAGGUGGACUGAUAAAUCUAAAUUCGAGAUGAUGAAGAUGAUAUUUGUCAAGCAGGAAGGCUGUUCUGAGUCAAAUUGGGGUAAAAUGGGCAACUCUGUACCAAUGAAUGCUGUCGCAGAAGGACCUGUCAAUCGUCCAAAGCCCAUGAUAAUCGAGAAAUCUUCAGGGCAGGCUCACUCACAACUCGAUGCAGAAAAGGUCAAGCAAGCAAGUUUGCGAGGUACGAAAUUUCCGGAGAAACCAAAGCUGACAAAUAUGUCGAUGACUGCCAUGCGAGUUCCAAAUGAUGCCAUUCGUCCAGAUGGUAGUAUAGAUCCUGCUUGGGAAGAAAAGUUGAUGGCACAUGCUCGAACUGAGUCAGGGGUUGAUGAUGAACCUUGUGAUCCAGAGCACGAAGAAAAUGCCAGGAAACUUGACAUUCGAAUGAUCAAGCCUCAUCAAGAUAUGGACUUUGUCUUCACACACAACCCUGUUUACUGUGGAACAAUGGCUCUUCGGUUGAUCACCGCCACUGAGCAAGCUGGCAUUAACCAUUGCUGUUACCAUACAGUCACCACUUUGGUAGCAUACCUAUACGCGGAAUGCCGGAGAUCCAAGCUUCUCGACUCGAAAUGGCCUGCUAUGGAGCAGAUGAUAGAAUUACACCUGGAAGAUAUGUUUUCAGAUAAUCUACCAAAAUCCGCCUCCGAGGGAUACAUUCGUUUUACGAAACUCCUAGUCAUCUCCAAGACCAAGAUCUCUCGAUAUCAGCGUAGUCUUCCGUACAAAGAGCCGCAAUACGCCACCAAUGCUGUCUCUACAGCUACUCGUCCGUUUCUCGAACAUCAAGCAACGUUCAAUAAUGCCAUCAAUAACCUCCAGCGUCUGAUUCAAACCCAUCGAGAACUCACAAACAACGAGACAAAGCACAAACGUCGAAACGCGAGACGACAACUCACGCCGUUUCAAUUUCUAUCUAUCAUGCAAGAGUUCAUUCCCGCGGAAAUAGCCAAAGUGCAGUUCGAUUACAUAUCCUUGACGAUUGCAUGUCAUCGGCUGAUGAAGAAGUUCCGCGUUCAAAUCAAGGGGCGGUUGGGAAUUGAUCAUCCGCUACUCCAACACGAAGACAGUACUGAGCCAUCGUAUCCAUUCAUAGUAAUGAAUAUCCUGUAUGAAGGAAGGAAUGGAGGUGAGAAUCACCAAUUAAAGGUUGUGGCGGAGGUUUUGAAGGAUUAUCUGGCGGGUUUGUAG